UUUCAAUAAGUUUUUGCCAGCAAAAUAGUAUUGGAAAAGCGGAACAUAAAAAAAAACAAAAAUGAAAUUUUCAUUAUUAACUGUGGUAGUAAUGGCAUGGAGCACAGGAGUGCAGAGCAAAAUAGAGUUUAUGCCUGAGGCCAUGUAUACCACCACAAGUCCUACUGCCAAGGUGGAUAAUUACAUUUUACAACAUCAACGACAAUUCGAGGAACAAAUGCGCACCUUGGAUAAAUAUCUAGAGGAUUUUCGCAAGAAAUUUGAAUUACGUUUAGAAGUAAUUGAAUAUUAUGAUGCUGUUAUGGAUGUUAAAUUGCGCGAUAUGAAAGAUAAAUUGGAUCCCAUGGAAAUGUUGGGUGAUGUUAAUGAUGUGUGUGUGGAAAAGUAUCGUGGCAAAAUACCAGCUGAUAAUGUUUUAAAAGUAAAUCUAAAAACCUGCAUCAAUAAAGCGAAUACAGCAUUUUCGUCGUUGCUUAAUAACCCGGAAAAUACCUUGAAAAAUUUACGCAAUCAUUAUAAUAAUCCAUUUAAUAAUUCUCUCAAGGAUUGUAAACGGAAAUUUGAGAAAGAUGAAACUAAAUAUAAAAAUUGUGCCUCAACGGCGAUUAAAACCGCUACCACCUAUUUUAAUACCAACACCAAUACAUUUUAUUCACAAAUGACUACGGCCGAGUGCAGUUCGAAUACCAAAAUCGAUGAGGCCUUCGAUUGUUAUUCAGCUCAUGUUUAUCAAACAUUCUCCUCUAUGGGCGAGGUGAAUGGUUUGAUUGAGAAUUGUUUGGCUGGUCAUGAUUUUUGCGUGCCCUGUGACAAUGAAGAUGCGGCCAUUAUUAAGGGUCGUUGUCCUUAUCAAAUGGCCUGGCAUUUGGCCGAUGACGAUUUGACGGGUGAUAAAAUUGUUAAUCCAUUUAAGGGUAUUAAUAGCACCACACCUUGCCUACAGGUUAAUUUUAUAACGAAAAGUUUUUCUGACGGUGUAAAUAAGGCGUAAUUAAUUAUAUAAUUAUUUAUAAAAUAA